AUGGCGGCGUUUAUAAAGGCGGCGAACGCCAAGAUCCGGUCGAACCCGGUGACCGACUACAUCUGCUCAACGCUGAGCCACCUCGGCCUGGGUUCGAGCGAUGCGGAUGCAGCAUGUCUAUGCCUCUCUGUGUUGCAUACAUAUGGUGCGCGGGUGGCCAAUGCGGCCGUGGCGAAGCCGGCAGCGUACAUUUGGGCUCGUCCCGGCACCGGCAUGGAACGGGCAACAGUGGACGCCUUUGUUGAAGAGCACUUCUGGGGCCCCGUCUCCAACUUUGGCAUCCCGAUCGCCGCCGUCAUGGACACCCAAAAGAGUCCGGAUCUGAUCUCCGGUAAGAUGACGUUUGCCCUCGUCAUCUACUCGGCCACGUUCAUGCGCUACUCGCUGGCCGUCACCCCCAAGAACUACCUCCUUUUCCUCUGCCAUUUCAUCAACGAGGCCUCGCAGCUGACCCAGGGCUACCGCUACAUGAACUACCACCACUGGGGCGGCAAGGACGCCGCGUCGUCCGCCACGUCGAGCGUAAAGGGCGCGCUGGAGGCGGCCAAAUCACAGGCCAAGGCCGCCGAGGCCAAGGUGGAGGCUGCCGUGAAGAAGUAA